CACUGCCAGACAGCCAGUCAGAGGCUGUUUGGGAGUUUUCGCUGCGUGAAUGUUAUUUUAGGCACACAUUUGCGCACGCACGGAUUAGUCGCGCGCUGCUCCAGUGUUUCAUCAGUGAUGAAAGUUUGUGGAAAAACUCACCAUUGCCAUGCUGAAGGUGCAGGGAUGUCAUCCAGGCGUGGCUCGGGGAGGAUAUGGAUGUCUAUAUAAAUGACUCGGUUCACAUUGAAUCACAGAUGAAAUGAGCGGCUCUCUCCUGUCCGGUCUCUAAGCGCACAAGUUUUCCUCGUCAUGGCAGAGGUGACUGGAUUUCUCGGGAGCAUCGAUCUGGAUUUGCAGGCGUUUCCAGCGCUGGGGAAUGUGCCUCUGUCGGACGGUCUGAAUGAGAGAUUGGGUCUGAUUGAGGGCAGACUGCAGCGCGGAUCGCUCACGGAUUUUGGGCACCUGAAGGGCAUCCUGCGCAGGAGACAGCUCUACUGCCGCACCGGCUUCCAACUGGAGAUAUUUCCUAACGGGACGGUACACGGAACCAGACAGGACCACAGCAGAUUCGGUAUUCUGGAGUUUAUCAGUCUGGCCGUCGGGCUGGUGAGCAUACGAGGCGUGGAUGCGGGCCUCUAUCUGGGGAUGAACGAGAAAGGUGAACUCUAUGGGUCGAAGAAGUUGACAGCAGAAUGCGUGUUCCGCGAUCAGUUUGAAGAGAACUGGUACAACACGUAUGCGUCUACGCUCUACAAGCACGCAGACACUGGGAGAUACUAUUACGUGGCCCUAAACAAGGACGGCUCCCCUCGAGAAGGCAGUAGGACUAAAAAGCAUCAGAAGUUGACUCACUUUCUGCCCAGGCCAGUUGAGAUCGAGAAGAUACCCCAGGCAUACAGAGACUUAUUCCAGCAUAGGUGACCAGAACAUCACCCAGAGUUACUGGGUUGGAGAGGCUUGGAUGGGAAAGAUGGACACUGAGGAACAUUAAGAAACACAAGACCUUCCUCCUCACAACUGUUUAUAUUUGGGUUCUGGUCCAAAAUCAGGAGCCCCUCUCCAACGUUGACUGAGAUAAACAGUAUGUGUGUGUCCUGGAUGGCUCUGUUUCCUCUCCUUUAAGGAGUUUAAACCACAGAAGAGGGAACAUUCCUGCAUCCAAAGCUGGUAACAAAAGAUGACUUGAGAAAGAGGUGUUGACUUCAGGGCCACAUGACACAUGUCAUGGAAAUGCCCUUUCUUCAGACAUUGAUUUGUGGGAGCAACACUUUUCUGUAAAGUGGACCACAAUUUGGGCAUGUUCUCACUGGAAACAUCUAGAGAUGACACUAAAAAAGUACCUAAAUGCCUUCAUUCCUUUGACCAACAACUGCCUUAAAGGUGAACCUGGUGUUGAACUCAUGUUGAAAGGUCAUGAAAUGUGGACGCAGCACUUACCAAGAAGUUGGACAUGGGACACGUACCCCAACAUUCCUGUUGGACAUAUGCAAAGCAAAAGCUCUUCAGAUAAACAUACCAUUAAGGACACUGCAAGACGAUGAAGAAAAACGACCAGCUUUUACUGAAAAACAAACAAAGAACAUCUAUUUUGAAUGAAAAAGCAGCACUUACCUUAGGCUUAUCUCGCUCCCCACUUAUGUUACAAAAGCAGAUUCACUAUGAUGUUUUGGCAUCUACUAAUUUUGGAGAUUCAAACUGUUAAUUAUAGAAAACCUUUCCAAUUGCUAGAAAAAGUGAAUACAACUUAGGAUGUAAUUUGAGGUACAAACAUAUGGUGCUUGCAGAAGGGUUUGGUAGAGACUUCGGUCUAUUGACUAAGAGUGACUUAUAAUGUUCAGGCUGUCAGGAACAUUAUUAAAAACGUAGGUGAAAGUCAUGUAAAUAUGGAUGAGCCUAUUUAUGAGAUGUACAAUAUAUUUAUUUUCUACAUAUAAAGUAUAAUUAUAAAUCUCUAUAUAAAUAUAUUUAUUUAUUUCAAAGACUUUAUUUUGUAAUGAACUUGAAGUUAUCGAACUGUAGAUUCUACUGAAAUUAUACCGAAAGGCUAAACCAUUUGACCUGAAUGAUAGACAAUAAAAUUGUCCUGCUAUUAAAUAUUUGUCAGUGAACAUAUUUGCAAGGAUAUCCAUGUACCAAUUAAAAUCUAAGAAACACUGAAUUGAGUUUGAUUGCAAACGCAACUGUUAUGGCAAGGUACCCAUUAACAUUAUCAAAGGAUAAAAUAAAAGGGCCGGCAAAGACAGAAUCCAAGUUAAGACCAUUUCCUUUGCUGGUUUUGGGAAAAUCCUGUGGUUUUUCAGGCAAUGUGUUAAACUUAGUUAAAAGUCCUACACUUUAAAACGCUUAAAUUAGGCAAAAUGUUUAAUAAUCAAGCAUAUUUAACAAGCAUACAUGCAUAUUUUGAUGGGCAAUUGAAUUCUGCAGGAAUUCAAGUUCUGCGUGCACGUCCACUGCAAUACCUUUUUAUUUGAAAAUGUAUUUCUUUUGCUACAUUUACACCCCUAAUCCAAAUUUGUAAGCCAUUUUUCUCCAGCAAAAAUGGUGCUUUCCAAAAGUGCUCUCCGUUAACUUUUACUUUGGAAAACAAUGGCAUUAGGAAACCGAA